AUAAAAGCCUUCGUAAUGCAGAUACACAAUGCAGUCAACCCAGCUACAUUUCUCGACAUAGAGCAUCCCGUCUCUCAAGUCAUGGCUUCCUCCGGCUUUGACUCCUACUUUCCAUCUACUUACAAGAAGAGGGCUGUUGUGCGCAGUUCAGGAUAUGGCUCUGGUGGAGGAAUAGGAUCCAGGUCUGCCUACAUCAGCCACUCUGCACCACUAACUUCCUAUACAUCUUCCCGCAGAAGUUAUCCAACACACACCAGAGCAGUCUCCAGCUACUCCUCUGUGCUUUCCGCUCCUGUGUCUUCAGCUGCAACCGAGCUCCGCCUUGACCAAGCAGCCCAGGUCAGCUCUGAGUUUAAAUCCAUAAGAACCCAGGAGAAGGCUGAGCUGCAGAACCUGAAUGACCGCUUUGCAAGCUUCAUUGACAGAGUCCAUGAGCUAGAGCAGCAGAACAAGUUGCUGGAGACUGAACUCCUGCUUCUUAGGCAGAGGCAGACUGAGCCCUCCAACAUCCGGGGCCUGUAUGAGCAUGAGAUCCGUCAGCUCCGCUCUGCUGUGGAAGAGGCCCGCCAUGAGAAGCAAGCAGCCCAGUACCACCGGGAUGAGAUGGAGGACAUGUUGAGGAACCUGCAAAAGCGCUAUGAGGAUGAGGUGCUGGGCAGAGAGGACGCAGAGGGCAGGCUCAUGGAUGCCAGGAAGGGAGCAGAUGAUGCUGCCAUUGGCCAGGCUGAGCUGGAGAAAAGAGUGGGGACCCUGCUGGAUGAGCUGGCCUUCCUGAAACGCCUCUGUGAGAGUGAGAUUGCAGAGCUGCAGGCCCAAAUUCAGUACAGUGCACAGGUGUCAGUGGAGAUGGAGGUCGCCAAACCUGACCUCUCCACUGCCCUCCGUGACAUCAGAGCACAGUACGAGAAGCUGGCCCAACACAACCUACAAUCAGCCGAGGAAUGGUUCAGCAGCAAGAUGAAUGGGAUGACGGUGGGAGCUGCUCGCAACACAGAAAGUGCUCGUAACGCCAAAGAUGAAGCAGGAGAAUAUCGCCGGCUCCUUAAAGGCAGAACGCUUGAGAUUGAUGCCUGCAGGGAGAUGAAUCAAGCGCUAGAAAAACAACUCCAGGACGUGGAGGAGAAACAGAGUGGGGAGAUCUCUGGUAUGCAGGAUACAAUAAGUGAACUGGAGGACGAGUUGAGAGCAAACAAGAAUGACAUGGCUCGCUACUUGAAAGAUUAUCAAGACCUCUUGAAUGUGAAGAUGGCCUUGGAUAUUGAAAUUGCAGCCUACAGGAAGCUCCUUGAAGGAGAAGAGAACCGUUUGAACAUGGCAGGACCGGGGUCUGUCAACGUUUACUCCCCGGCCCUGUACUCUGCUCCGUCCUACGGAAGAACACAGUUCUCCCUGCAGUCUCAGCUGAGCUCUGCCCCUUCAUAUCUGCUGAGCUCUCGCUUGUACACUUCAUCACUCCCAACAGAGGAGACAAUAUCUGCCAGUCAAGCACAGCAGGCCGAGGCCAGCCCUCUUGAAGUGGAGGAGGAGGAGGAGAAAAAGGAGGAGCAGGUGGAAGAGGAAGAUAAGGUGGAGGAAGAAGAGGAGGAGGAGCAGGGAGAAGAGAAGGAGGAGGAAGAGGAAGGCGAGGAUCAGGGAGAAGAAGGGGAGGAAGAGGAGGAGAAAGAGGAGGAGAAAGAGGCGGAAGAAAAGGAGGAGGGAGCUCAAGAAGAGGGAGAGGAGGGAGCGGAUGGAGAAGAGGGCGAAGCAGAUGAUGGAGAAAAAGGAGAUGAGGAGGAAGGUGGAGAGGAGAGCUCCAAACAAGAAGAGGAGGAUGCUGAGCAGGAGGAAGAAGAAAAGGGCGAGAAGGGAGAUGGCGAAUCUGAAAAACAAGAAGAGGAGGUGGCUGAAGAGGAUAAAGAAAAAACAUCAGUUAAAAAUGUUUAAAUUUGAGAGCUUUAACAUAAACCUGCUAGCAUAUAGCUCAAGAUGUCAACCUUUGGUGUCUAUAAGUACAGAGCUAUUUCUCUCAUUCAAACCAAAUGGAAAUCAGAAGACAACCUGACAAAUUCUCUGUAUGACAGAUAGAGUGACUCACAGCAUGUACGUACAAUGUAACAGCAAGAAAUCAAAUCAAUAUAAAAGCUCAUUUAAACCUCGAUUAAGGCAGGAAGUGAUGAUUGUCUGGAGUAGAGAUUCUGCUUGGGGAUUUAUGUUUUGUUUUUGCAAACACCUGUGUGCUUUACUCUCACCAAUACAUGCCUACAAACUGUCUGUAUGUGCAACAACCCGAUUGAAAUGCCUUACUUCAGUCCUCACUGAGUGCUUUAAGUCCAUGAUGUGCUGCAUUGAACUCUAAUAAAGCCUUGAAGCCUUGUCAACACA